GACGCCUCUCCGAGCUGUGCCGGCCGCUCGCCAGCCCUCUGCCUGCUCCCUGCUCCGGCCUCGCCUCCCCACGCCGCCACCAUGAGCCAGUCCUACUCCUCCAGCCAGCGGGUCUCGUCCUACCGCCGCACCUUCGGCGGCUCCCCGGUCUUCUCUCGUGCCUCCUUCGGGGGCAAGGGCAGCAGCGGCAGCUCCGUCACCUCCCGCGUCUACCAGGUGUCCCGCACCUCGGCCGUCCCCAGCCUGUCCACCUUCCGCACCACCCGCGUGACGCCCCUGCGCACCUACCAAAGCGCCUACCAGGGGGCUGGCGAGCUGCUGGACUUCAGCCUGGCCGAUGCCAUGAACCAGGAGUUCCUCCAGACCCGCACCAACGAGAAGGUGGAGCUGCAGGAGCUCAAUGACCGUUUCGCCAACUACAUCGAAAAGGUGCGCUUCUUGGAGCAGCAGAAUGCCCUCAUGGUGGCCGAGGUGAACCGCCUGCGGGGCAAGGAGCCCACCCGCGUGGCCGAGAUGUACGAGGAGGAGCUGCGGGAGCUCCGGCGCCAGAUCGAAGUGCUCACCAACCAGAGGGCUCGUGUGGAGGUUGAGCGUGACAACCUGCUCGAUGACCUGCAGAAGCUCAAGCAGAAGCUGCAAGAAGAGAUCCAGCUGAAGGAGGAGGCUGAGAACAACCUCGCUGCAUUCAGAGCUGAUGUGGAUGCAGCCACACUAGCACGCAUUGACCUGGAAAGACGUAUCGAGUCCCUGCAGGAAGAGAUCGCCUUCCUCAAGAAGGUGCACGAAGAGGAAAUCCGGGAGCUGCAGGCACAGCUGCAGGAGCAGCACAUCCAGGUGGAGAUGGACAUCUCCAAGCCCGAUUUGACCGCCGCGCUGCGGGACAUCCGCGCUCAGUACGAGAGCAUUGCUGCCAAGAACAUCGCCGAGGCUGAGGAGUGGUACAAGUCCAAGGUGUCUGACCUGACACAGGCAGCCAACAAGAACAACGAUGCGCUAAGGCAGGCCAAACAGGAAAUGCUGGAGUACCGGCACCAGAUCCAGUCCUACACCUGUGAGAUUGAUGCCCUCAAGGGAACGAAUGACUCGCUGAUGCGGCAGAUGCGGGAGAUGGAGGAGCGCUUCGCAGGGGAGGCCGGUGGGUACCAGGACACCAUUGCCCGCCUGGAGGAGGAGAUCCGGCACCUGAAGGAUGAGAUGGCCCGGCACCUGCGUGAGUACCAGGACCUGCUCAAUGUCAAGAUGGCCCUGGAUGUGGAGAUCGCCACAUACCGCAAGCUGCUGGAGGGAGAGGAGAACCGGAUCAGCAUCCCCAUGCACCAGACCUUCGCUUCUGCACUCAAUUUCCGAGAGACCAGCCCAGAGCAGCGGGGCUCCGAGGUGCACACCAAAAAGACCGUGAUGAUCAAAACCAUCGAAACCCGUGAUGGGGAGGUGGUGAGUGAGGCGACCCAGCAGCAGCAUGAAGUGCUGUAGAGGAGGCUGCUCCAGCAGCCCACUGGCACCUUCUGUCCCUGCCU